GCCUCAUCCACUCCCUCAAACCUCCAACCCAGACUCUUUGAGACUGCAAAACCGUCGAAAAAAUGAGACCGACUCAGAUCCUCCGAAGCGGCGACGCUGACCCCGUCAACGGACACUACCUGGGCAACUGGGGCCACUUCGGUGGUGAGAAGCAGCGAGGUAUCGUCACCUACGGUCUGUCCGCCAACCGACAGAACCCCUGGGCCGGCGCCACCCACGCCGCCAUCUUCAACACCUUCCGCCGAACCAAGAGCCAGAUCUUUUUCUGGCUCCCUCCCAUGCUGGCCGGUUACUACAUCAUGGACUGGGCCGUCCACCGAAGCGAGUACCUCAACUCCAAGGCUGGUCGCGCCGAGUACGCUGACGAGGAGGAGUAAAGUGUCUGAUUGGAAAGGAAAACGAGAGCGGAUGUGUUGGAGAGGGUCCUCUGGCCUCAUUGUACAUCAAUACCUAGACUCGGUGGAUGCAAUAGACGAUUGUCACACU